AUGCUCGCCGGCGGUGUCUCCGGGGUCGCGGCCAGGCUCCUGACUCAUCCGAUGGACACCGUCAAGACCCAGAUGCAGGUGCAGGGCGCGGUGGCCGCGGCGGGUGGGAAUCGCGCCCUUCACUACCGCGGCGUCGCGGAUGCGGUCGCCAAGAUCGUCGCCAACGAGGGCGUCCGAGGCUUCUACCGAGGGUUCGGAGCGGUCUUCACCGGGAUCCCGUUCGCGAGCGGCGCCUAUUUCGGCGGGUACGAGGGCGCCAAGAUGCUCGUCCCCGCCGACGCCUUCGGACCCACCGCGACGUACAUAGUCACCGGCAUGCUCGCGCAGUCCCUCGCGGGCGUCGUCUACACCCCGCUCGACGUCGUCAAGGAGCGGCUGCAGGCGCAGCACGUGCUGGGAGCGGCGAGCGCCGGUAACUACAAGCACUUCGCAAACGCGUACGCGACGAUUCUUCGCACCGAGGGCGUCGGCGGAUUGUUCAGGGGGUACUGGGCCAGCAACUUCACCUGGUGGCCGUGGAACGUGGCGUACUUCGUCGCCUACGAGCACGGUCGCGAUUUCGUCGCCCAACACGCGAUGGGUCUGAGCACCAAGGAUGAGCUUCCGCCGUGGGCGAGCAGCGGGUGCGCGGUAGCGGCGGCGGCGGCGGCCACCGUCGCGACGACGCCCAUCGACCUGGCCAAGACGAGGCUUCAGACGAUGCGUCGCGGCGUGUCCGGCGGGACUGUGGAGGGCGGGGUGUUUGGGAUCAUGAGGGACGUGGUGAGACGCGAGGGACUCGGGGCGUUAUGGACCGGGGCGUCGGCCAGGGUGUUGGCCAUAGCCCCCGGCAGCGCAAUCAGCUUCUACGUGUACGAGACCAUCAAGGACUGGUGCACCGGGGCUGGGUGA